AUGUCUUUGACUAUGCGACCGACACUCCUACCACAAUGCACAUCAUGCCUACGACGCAUCAGCAACUUGGGCCUGCAAGAAUGGCGUAGCGGCCAGCAAGUUCGCGGCAAGAAAAAGAUGGCCCACGCACCCACCACAGUCACCGUACGCCUCACCAAGGAUGUGCCGACUUUUGGUCGCAAGGGCACCUACAUUCCGAUUUCGAUUGGUCGUAUGCGCAACGAGUUCUUCCCGACGAGAACGGCCGAGUAUGUGACCAGCGCGCAAUUGAAGGAGAUGAAGGCGAAGAACAUCACUGCCGAGCGAGACUUUCAAUUUGGUGUCCCUGACCCGGCCACCGUGAGAGCCGCUGAGCAACAGUCUCAGCGCUCAGCCACACGUGUUGUUGAAGUUGAGAAACUGGCGGUAAGUCGAGAGUGUACAUCUACGAUUCUCUCGAGCGUUGUACUGACAGAUGCCCGCAACAGCNCCAAGCGCUCGAUCGAACUUCUCUCCAUGCUCCUCCCACCAGUCAUGGACUUCCGACGCAGGCCUCAAGAACCCGCUGCUCCUGUCCCCGACACGCCAGCCGCGCCUGUGAAAAAGGAACGAGGCUUCUCCAGUGCUGCUGCAGACCUCCUUGCUGCACAAGCUGCUCCCGCUCCUGCUACGACUUCCUCUGGUUCCGCGACAGCUAUUUUCGGUACCGUCUCAAAUGCCGACGUUGUCAGCAGAAUCACCCACCUCCUUUCUGAGAACCGAGAGGCCUCGCGAAUCGUCCUAAGCGCAGAAGAUGUCAAGUUUGCGAACUUUUCGUCGCAAGCAGCUACCGAAGCCGACAGGAUCAGACAUCUGGGAGAAUACAAGGUCGAGAUUAGAGUAAAGGGAGGAGAAAAACCUGUUGAGAGGCUUGUCCGCGUGGUUCCUAUUGAAACCGAGACUACUACCACUGUGUAG